UUUCUUGUGCUUUUUUCUGCUUUUCAAGUGAACAUGACCACCAAGAUUAUUUCCAAAAUUGUGGCUUUCGAACGACAAGCUUUUAGGAUGUUUGAAGAGCAUGUGACAUUGUUAGCAGGAGAUGCUAAUCAGGCAUAACAUGUGCUAUCUUAGUCAUCGGUGGAUAAGCGAAGAGGAAGUUUGGAGAUCUUCAAGGCCACCGGAUAAGGACGUUCUCUGACGUCCGCCCAACAAUCUAACGCCUUUCUAAGCGCUCAAUUAGAUAAAAAUUCAACAAAGAAAUCCUAGAAAUUAGAAACAUGGUGUUUAGCGCAAUCGUCGUCACCUCGGCGCUCAAGGGAGCAAUCGGACUGGUCGGCACGAGCUUAUGGCUGGUUCCGCUUCUCAUAGCCGGUCUUUCCUAUUAUCACUAUGAUCAAUUAGACCCGGAAAGUCGGCCGAUCGAUCGCUACCCCCUGGACGGCGUGUACGACUUCGUGGUGAUAGGUGGCGGCUCGGCCGGGGCGGUGGUGGCCUCGCGACUCACCGAGAUACCGCAGUGGAAGGUGCUGCUGCUCGAGGCUGGCCCCGACGAGAACGAGAUCACGGACGUGCCGUCGCUCGCCGCCUACCUCCAGCUGACCAAGCUCGACUGGAAGUACAAGACCGAGCCGACCGGCAAGGCCUGUCUGGGCAUGAAGGGCGGCAGGUGCAACUGGCCGCGCGGCAAAGUACUCGGUGGCUCGAGCGUCCUCAACUACAUGCUCUACGUGAGGGGCAAUCGCCACGACUACGACUACUGGGAGUCGCUCGGCAAUCCCGGCUGGGGAUACGAUCAGGCUCUUUAUUACUUCAAAAAGUCCGAGGACAAUCGCAAUCCCUACUUGAGAAAUAGCCCGUAUCAUGGAACUGGCGGACUCCUCACGGUGCAGGAGGCUCCUUGGAGAACGCCGCUGGUCGUAGCAUUCGUUCAGGCUGGUACUGAGAUUGGCUACGAAAACCGAGACAUCAACGGCGAAUACCAGACUGGCUUCAUGAUAGCUCAAGGUACAAUAAGAAGAGGCAGCAGAUGCUCGACUGCCAAAGCGUUUUUGAGACCGGUCAGGUUGAGAAACAAUUUGCACACGGCUAUGAACGCCCACGUUACCAGAAUAGUCAUAAAUCCAAUAACGAUGAAGGCUGUGGGCGUCGAAUUCGUUCGAGACGGCAAAAAGCAGUUCGUGCGAGCGAGAAAGGAAGUCAUUCUGUCGGCCGGGGCCAUCAACAGUGCCCAAAUUCUCAUGUUGUCCGGCAUCGGCCCCAAGGAACAUCUUCAAGAGGUUGGCAUUCCACUCGUCAAGGAUCUCAGAGUCGGCGACAAUAUGCAGGAUCACGUGGGCAUGGGAGGCUUGACUUUCCUCGUCGACAAGCCCGUGGCGAUCGUUCAGGAUCGCUUCCAGGCGGCUCCCAUGACCAUGCAGUACGUGGCCAACGGCAAAGGACCCAUGACCACGUUGGGCGGCGUCGAAGGAUACGCCUUUGUAAAUACUAUUUAUGCCAAUGAAUCCGGCACUUAUCCGGACAUACAGUUUCACAUGGCCCCGGCCUCGAUCAAUUCCGACGCUGGUGUGCAAGUGCGCAAAGUAUUAGGCAUUACCGAUGAGAUUUACGAUACCGUCUACAGACCCAUAGCCAACAAGGAUGCUUGGACGAUCAUGCCUCUUCUCUUGCGACCGAGAUCGCGAGGCUCGGUGAGAUUGCGAAAUUCUAAUCCGUUCCAGGCGCCGAUAAUCGACGCCAAUUACUUUGACCAUCCGCUGGAUAUCGCGACCCUGGUAGAGGGCGCAAAAAUAGCGAUGCAAGUGAGCGAGGCCCGAGCUUUCAAGCAGUUCGGCUCCAGAGUUCACAGAGUCAAGUUACCCGGCUGCAGUCACUUGCAGUUCGCCAGCGACGAUUACUGGGAGUGCCACAUUCGACACAUCUCAAUGACCAUCUAUCAUCCGGUGGGAACUGCCAAAAUGGGACCGGCAUGGGAUCCGGAGGCCGUCGUGGACCCUCGGCUCAGAGUAUACGGAAUACAGGGACUGAGGGUUAUCGAUGCCUCGAUCAUGCCCACCAUCAGCAGUGGAAAUACCAAUGCGCCUGUGAUUAUGAUUGCAGAAAAAGGCUCCGACAUGAUCAAGCUCGAUUGGGGCGCUUACUCGAGCGCUAAUAGUCCCGUCGAACAAAAUUAUGCCUAUCAAGAGUCAAAUCAAUAUGAUCAUUAUGACAGAUACACUAGAAAUGUAGGAUAA